AUGGAGAUGGUUCGCGCUCCAAGGGCGCUCGAGCCACCGCCUGUCCUCGUCCUCCAGAAUUCCAAAGUAUUCUUAGACAAGGUUAUAUUUGGGGACUUGGCGACGACGGAACAUCUCGAGAUGAGACAUGGCGCAGGACGACCACGUAAGAGGGCAUUGGAAUCCCUGGCGACGGAGUCGCCAAAGAGGUCAUUUGGGAUCGAGCCUGUCGGGCAGGGACAGACUCCUCAUGGUACCGCGGGCGCGUCAGGCUCUCAGAUUCUGACGGUUCCUUCUCUAGAGGUACUUACCCCAAUCGUACCCAUCGAAACCACCCUUACAGUAUUCACGGUACCACCAGCGGUACCACCUGUGGAAUAUCCGACCCCUCCACCAGCAGUGCCUGCUGCUGUAUACCAUGCACCUCCUCCAGCCGUGCCUACUGCGUACCCAGUACCAUCGCCACUUGUGCCUGCUACUGCAUACUCGACACCUGCACCAGUAGUACCAGUUGACCCAGCAGUACCAGUCGCUCUUGCCUACAUUUUUCCUACAGUGCCACCAGCGGUACCUUCCCCGGCUUAUGCAACAGCACUAGGGGUACCUUCCCCGGCCUAUCCAGCGGCACAACUUGUAGUACCAGCUCUAGUGGUUUCGCCAGUUCUCGCGGCGAGCUCUACUCACUCUACUGAUAUAAUUGUGGCACGAGCUUGGAUCCCAAUUUUGGUAGAGUCGGUGAAAAGAUGA